AUGAAUCCGACUGAUUCUGCUGCUACAUUUGUAUCACGAUCCAACAAAACUCAUCAAAUGCUUGAAGAAUUUGAAGCUGAAGCAGAAGAUAAUGGACGUGAGAGAUUGAAGAGACAUAUAAUUGAAGUGGCGGGUCAUGUGUGGAUACCUGGUAUAUGGGGUCAAGAGGAGAUGUUAAAAGAUUGGAUUGAUUGUACCACCUUUGAUGCUUGUUUAGUUUCCGCUAAAAUUAUUUCAGCUCGUUCAGCUUUGGUUCAAGAGGGAAGAAAACCUAAUUCUCCUGGAUUAAGGAUAGUAAACAGGUGUUAG